AUUCAAAAUGCCUAGCGUCGUGUUUUGGCUUAUUCCUCUUUUCUGCUGAUCGCUAUGCCUGCAAGGGGAAUAAAACUGGGACGAAUGACUAGAACCACCGGGAAACCUUGAGCUGUAGCAAAUCUACCACCACAGGAGGAGCCCCAUCCCAAAAAAGGACCAUCGCCCAUACCCAGGAUCCAUCGCAAAACAAUUCACACAUAUCCUCUUCCUCCUACGGACUCCGGCUGCGACCUUCUUCUCGUCCCAUCCGGCUUGGGCGAUAUUUUAAUUUUUACAACCAUAAUUACACAUAGGGCCAACCUCCUCCUACCAGACAAUUCGCUUAGCGGGCUGCCCUUCUUGGAUGGGGGUGAUCGCCUUCUCUGACGACUCAAACUUCCCACGCCGCCAUGAGCCAACUCAUCGCUGGAACCGAGCCUGAAUCCGAUCGAGAAAUGACUGACCGUGAGCCAUCAGCACCAAUAACGGCACCUACUUCGACCGUCACACCAGCGGCGGACGCAGACCCUGGAGUCCAGGCAGACGUCGAAGGCGAAAAGCCAUCCGCGAAUCCUCCUAAACCUGGCGCUGGUGCAACGCCGACAACUUCUUCUGGCCACCCUAGUUUUCGAAGACAACGUGCGUCGCGAGCUUGUGAGACAUGUCAUGCUAGGAAGGUGCGGUGUGAUGCUGCAAGUCUUGGUGUGCCCUGCACCAACUGCGUCGCCUUCUCCAUCGAAUGCAAGAUCCCGACUCCCAAGCGAAAGAAGAACCAAAAAGCUAAAGAUGCAGCCAAUGACGAAAGCGGCUCUACCGGCGCGAAGCCCACUCAAAGAGAGGGUUCUGGAGGCCCACGGAGCAGGCCUGUUGAUGGAAUGCCAGUCACCUCCUUGACAGAAGCCGAGGCUGCCCAACAGGCUCAACAGAACCACUCUUAUGCCCAAUUCAUGAAACCGAAGUUUGCGCGAGCGCCGAUCACGGAAGCUGGUCGAGUGGCAUACCUUGGAGAAUCAUCGAAUCUGUCCAUAUUAGUCCACGACCGACACGGGACCACGGACGUCGUUCACUAUCCUCUUCCUGAGAGCAUUAGAGGCCCGAGGGCCCGGCUCACCGAAUUAGAUAGUCUCGAAAUCGACAUUCUACAUCAGCGAGGCGCGUUCCUUCUCCCGCCACGGUCGCUUUGUGACGAGCUGGUCGACGCAUAUUUCAAAUGGGUUGCACCCGCUGUUCCUAUAAUUAACCGCAGUCGCUUCAUGAAGCGCUAUCGAGAUCCCAAGAACCCCCCUUCGAUUCUGCUCCUACAGGCGGUACUUCUCGCUGGCUCGAGAGUCUGCACAAAUCCGCAGUUAAUGGAUGCGAAUGGGUCGACUACCCCGGCUGCAACUACAUUCUAUAAACGGGCGAAAUCCCUUUUCGAUGCCAAUUAUGAAGACGAUAGGGUGACUAUCGUUCAAGCCUUGGUAUUGAUGGGCUGGUACUGGGAGGGUCCCGAAGACGUCACCAAGAACGUCUUUUAUUGGACUCGAGUCGCUAUAAUCGUCGCACAAGGAUCCGGCAUGCAUCGAAGGUCGGCAUUACCUUUGCCCCCGCUUUGUUUUCCGUUCACUCACAGUUUGAAUAGUGUUGAAGCAUCACAGCUUAGCAGAGCGGAUAAAAGACUAUGGAAAAGAAUUUGGUGGACUCUAUUCACACGAGAUCGAUCUGUUGCUGUCGCCCUGGGACGACCUGUUAAUAUCAACAUCGACGACUCUGACGUGGAGAUGCUUACGGAGGACGAUUUCAUUGAAGAUGAAGCUGACUCUCCGGCCGAGUCCCCCCCUGAUCCGACUCACGUCCAGUUCUUCCUGCAGUACGUUAAGUUAUGCGAGAUUAUGGGCCUUGUGCUGUCACAGCAAUACUCGGUUGCUUCAAAAUAUCGGAGGACGAAUGCGAUGGAUUUGACUCACAGUGACAUGGCGUUGGCAGACUGGCUGCAGAAUUGUCCUAGAGAAGUGUACUGGGAUAGAAAUCGUCAUCAUUUCUGGUCGGCUCUGCUGCAUUCGCACUACUACACAACCUUGUGUCUAUUACAUCGGGCACAUAUGCCUCCUGCCACCGGUGCACACACUACUUCCGCUGAUGGAUUGGCCUAUCCAUCGCGCACUAUCGCUUUUCAGGCUGCUGCCAUGAUUACAUCGAUAGUGGAAAAUUUACAGGCCCACGAUCAACUUAAAUAUACUCCUGCAUUUAUUGUCUAUAGUUUGUUUUCUGCCCUAAUUAUGCACGUUUAUCAGAUGCGGUCGGCUGUUCCGAGCGUUGUCUCUACAACGCAGGACAGGAUCGGUGUCUGCAUGCAGGCUUUGAAGGAUGUUUCCAAAGUUUGGCUGGUCGCCAAGAUGGUUUGCACUCUCUUUGAGUCCAUCCUCGGAAACAAGGCACUAGAGGAACGCCUCCAGAGAGCUGCAGGAAAACGACAUCAGAAGCAGAAGUCCAAGAAAGAUGUCGUUCAUCCGCCGAAGAAGCCCGAACCUCCGAAGCGCAAGUUCGACGACUUGGAUAUUUCCAUUCCUAACGGUCCUCCCUCCCAUCAAGUCUCGUACGAACGGUCACGCCCGCAAACGCCAGCCGCUACGCCUUCUAUGCAACCCGCCCAAAUAGCUACCACGGGCGCAACUCAAAUGUCCCCACAACCCCAUCAUCGGGGCUCCAAAGAUGGCCUCUUGGGUCCGUCAGGCCAUGGGGUUAAUACCCGCCCAACAUCUCCAUUCAACCCAUCGUUCUCCAUGCCUACUACUCCUCCAGACUUUUUCCUUGUCACCCGAAAUUCGCCUAAUUUAUCACAAUCCCUUUGGGAGAAUUUCCAACCGGAUCAACUGUUUCCAGAUGGAACAAAUAUAACCGGUACCGGGUUUUCACCCUCUUCUGGAAAUGCGGUUGAUCCACAGCUGCAUAUGUCACAGCAUUUGCAACCAACUGGAAUGGGUUCACAGGCAAUGGGAAUGCAUCAGCAACAGCAACAUCUUCCAUCACGAGGGCCACGUGCACCGCAUGAAAGUCCCACAAUGAUGCAAGGCAUGCCGGGGAUGGGAGCAAUGGGGCAUCAGCAGCAUUUGCAACCUGGGAUGGCGAUGCAGACCCAGCCAUGGGUGUUUGACGGCAAUAUGCACAUAGACGCCUCAAGUCAAGAUGAUAAUUGGAGCAACAGUUCGCGAGGUCAGGGGCCCGUUGUGCCUCCGACUUUAAACGUUGAAGAUUGGUACGCUGGCGCCCAUCAUAUCACCAUUUCACCUUUGAUCCUUUUCCUCGAUGGUAUACCUCACCGUCUGUUCUUGCUAACGUCUCGUUCUAGGUUUCAAUUCUUUGGGAUUAAUGGCAUCGACAGCCUAGGGAUAGAUCAGAUGUGAACUGAUCCCUCGUUCGGCUGUGGUUCGUCUCGUCUGAAGUGUCCUGGAGUUUGAAGCAUGUUCUUGCUCGUGGUAAUUCAUAUAGUGUAUCCUGUGACGUUCUCGUUGGAAAUUGCCUGCAGAAAACGGAUUUCUGUGAUGUUUAGGGACUAAUAGCCGGUGAACUUGUUUGAACCCUGCGGCGGAGUCCUAGGAGGCGUUAUCGGACGCAAAUUCGAUCGUUUUCCAAUAUCACUGCCAGCUCUCCUCUUUUAUUUAUUAUUUUCUUUUUCUGGCUUAUGUAGCCUUUUUUACACUUCCCGUACAAAUUUCCUGUCGGGUUUGUUUGCGAUGAAAAAGCCCUAUAUAAUUCAUCUUUGAAGUACAAUACAGAGCAUUUCUUCAGUUCGCA